UUUUUUAUCUGUCCUUCUUGCUUGUCUAAAAGUGAACUCAGAUAACGAAAUAUCUGAAUGUCCUUUUAAAAAAAUCAUUCUUCAUGAUAGAACGUGAGAAUCAUGGUGCAAAAAUCGUGAUAAUUUUAAAACAAAAUUUGUGAUUUCGGUGUAUUUACAUACCACAUCAAAUCUCCCCAGUGUUCAAACAAAAUCAAUAAAACAUAAAGCAUGGAUGAAUACACGAGAGAACCAUGCCCAUGGCGUAUCCUCGACGACUCUGGUGGUGCUUUUAUUAUGGGAGCUAUCGGAGGCGGAAUAUUUCAUUCGAUAAAGGGAUUCAGGAAUGCGCCUGUGGGGUUCAGUAGAAAAAUGUAUGGCAGUCUGGCAGCUAUGAAGGAGCGUUCUCCUGUAGUGGGGGGUAACUUCGCUGUUUGGGGAGGCAUGUUCUCUACUAUUGAUUGCUCACUAGUAUACUUGAGACAGAAAGAGGAUCCAUGGAACUCUAUAAUGAGUGGAGCACUCACUGGCAUACUUGCAGCUAGAAAUGGUGUACCUGCAAGCGGCAGUGCCCUAGUAGGUGGCAUUCUUCUUGCACUAAUAGAAGGCAUAGGUAUAAUGUUUUCUAGGAUUACAGCUGAGCAGUUCAAACCACAGCCAAUAUUUGAAGACCCCUCAGUGUUAGGACAAGGACAACCGCAGAGUCAAACGUUUCAGUAGAUUAGAUGUUAAGUAUAUACUGCUAGUGAUUGUACAGCCUGGCUUGGCUCUUCAGAGUUACCUUUGCCUAUAAAGUAUAAAAUUCAAGUCUUAUGGUUUUGAAUAAAGCUCUGAAAAUGA